CGAAAUAAAUUCCACGGUAGCGGGUUACAGAACGGUUUUUAACUUUAAUUUUAUUUGUAACAUCGUGUAUAUAAAACAAUAUUAAUUAAAAAGUAAUUAUGUAGGUCUGUGUUACUUCAAAAGUGUUGUUCAGUGUGUUUUUGUGAUACUUUUACACGUUUUGUGUGAUGCCAAGCUGUUGAAAUAACGGUAUUGUUGAGCUGUGAACUGGUGUGGUAUCAAAACGAACACACCUAGUAAAUGAAGCCCGUUUUUGUGAAUAAAAAGCACAGGAUGCAACGCGUGUGAUUUUCGACUGACACUAUUCACGAAAACCAAAGAUGGAGACGCGGUGGAGUUACACAAUCAUCUGGGCAGCUGUGUGUUUUGCUUCAGGGUCCGCAAACAUGUUACCAGUUUUCACACAGGACAUGAACAACCUAGCGCUAUCAGAGAGCACGCCAGUGGGUACCAUGGUCUACAGGCUGCAAGGAACUGACCCUGAAGGAUUGCCGCUAACAUACAGCUUGGUUGGAACAGAUAAGUUUUCUGUGGACCCUGUGACUGGUGACGUCACCCUGAAGAAACCACUAGACAGAGAGGUGGAAGACACGAUAAAGUUCCUAGUGUCCAUAGAAGAUGAGGAUCCAGCGAAAGAACAGAACCUGGUGCAGUCACAACCAGUCACCGUCAUCGUGCUGGAUGAGAAUGAUAACCCACCUAUGUUUAAAAAUAGUCCUUAUGAAGUCGACGUACCUGAAGACGAAGAAGUUGGAAAGACUAUACUGGAGAACAUUCUUGUGGAAGACAGGGAUUCUGUGGGAGACAGUCUUGAAGUCGGCUGCAUACCCAGUGAACAGUGGCCUGAAGCUUGUGAAACAUUUGAAGUGGUAGCCCUGAACUCAUCAGCUCACCAGUACACCGGAGCGCUGGUGCUGAAGAAACCACUGAAUUACAAUGAAAGGCAAUUCUACCAGUACCAGUUGUAUGCUACUGACGGCACCCUAAACUCGAGCACCCACAUAGAGAUCAAAGUUGUGGACGUUCAGAACACCCCGCCUGUCUUCAGCGGCUCCCUCAGUGCAGCGUUAGCUGAGGACGCCCCGGUCGGGACGCUGGCCCUCACUGUGCAUGCUAGAGACGCCGACCGGGCCCGGCCUAGGCCUGUGCUGCUGGAACUAGUUACUAAUCCCCUGGACUUCUUCCUACUAGACAGUCAGACAGGUGAAUUGAGAACAGCGAAGCCCUUAGACAGGGAGGCACUAGCCGACCCAUCUUCACCAUUAAAUCUGACCGUCAGAGCAACAGAACUAGUAAACGGCGUCCCAGUAAUUUCUGACCUAACUUCGACCCUUGCGACCGUUACUAUCACCAUCAAGGACGUGAACGACGAGCCGCCGCGCUUCAACCGUCGCGAGUACUUCGUGGAAAUACCUGAGAGUCUACCGGUUGAGACUCCACUGCCAAAUCUGGAUAUGGUGGUCACUGAUACUGAUGUGGGCCUCAAUUCAGUAUUCACGCUGCGUCUAUCAGACGAAAUGGGAGCGUUUAUAGUAGAACCGUCCACAGCGACUGGCAGCGCUUCUGUGACUUUGAGGCUCAAUUCCACCCUGGAUUACGAAGAUCCUAAUCAGAGGAAGUUUAUUUUGGAGGUAAUAGCAGAAGAACUACACACAUCCCCCCGACUAUCCUCGAAGGCCAGCGUGACGAUAUCCCUGCUGGACGUGAACGACAACGCUCCGCAGUUCCCCGACGAGCCGUACUCCGCUACUGUUGCCGAAGCUGCCCCUGCUGGCACCAGGGUCGCUACUGUUAGAGCUACUGAUAGAGAUACUGGCAGGUUCGGCACAGAAGGCAUAGUAUACGAGCUAUCCGGCAAUGGAGCAGAACUAUUCCGCGCGGACCGACGCAGCGGCCUCAUCACCGUGGCGCCGUGCCCCACGCCCGGCACCGCGCCCUGCCUCGACUAUGAGACGAGGAAGGAUUACUUCUUGCAGUAUAAGGCAACAGACGACGAUGGAGCCGGACAAAUGACAGUGGUCUCCCUGCAGAUAUCCCUGACGGACUCCAAUGACAAUCCCCCAGUGUUCCACACGCUAGUCUACAAGGCUUCUAUUGAUGAAGAUGCUAUCAAGUUCGAGCCGGAGUUACAGGUGCAAGCCCGUGACAUAGACGCAACAUCAGACAUUCGCUACUCCAUCAUCGAACCCCCGACCCACCCGUUCUCUAUCGACCCCAUCAACGGCAAGAUAUCUGUGGAGGCUGGUGGCGUUACACCGCCUGAAGAUAGUAAUAAGAUUUUGUUGACUGUGCUGGCGACAGAUGGCGUUCACAACGCAACUUGUAAGGUUGAGAUCGCAGUCCGUGAUGUGAACAACCACGCUCCCGUCUUCGAUACCGAUAGAUAUAAUGCUGAUAUCUCUGAAGACGCACCAAUUGGUACGGAGGUAGCAGCAGUUCGAGCCACAGAUUUAGACAGCGGCAUGAACUCAGAACUCAAGUACUGGAUACAGAAGGGAGCCCUCGACUCCUUCGCUAUACACAACGAUACCGGCGUAGUCACUGUGUCUUCCAAGCUAGACUAUGACAAGAGGAACACUUAUACUAUACAGAUUGUUGCUACUGAUUUAGGCAUACCCAGUCUAACCGGUACCACAGAACUCACAGUAAACGUAAUAAACGUGAACGACAAGAAACCUUACUUCACCCCCACCAUACAACGAGCAGAGGUAUCGGCUGAUGCAGAACUGGGGUAUACCGUGCAUACUCUGGUGGCUGAUGACCCGGAUAUCACGGAUAAUGCGUCGUUGGUCUUCAAUAUGGGGGAUAAAGUUAUUAGGGCGGUCGAUAAGAAUGGGAAGGAGGUAUCAGACGAAGGUAUCUUCGGUUCCUGGUUCACGGUCCAGCCGAACGGCACAGUGAUAGUAACACAGAAGCUAGACAGGAGCCGAGCGGCAGUGCUGACGCUGCCGGUCACAGUCACUGACGCUACUGCCGCCACGCUGCAGGAGGCCGAUGGUGAACUAAUAAUCACAAUAGUGGACGUGAACCGUUUCGCUCCAGUAUUCUCCCAGCCUUCGUACCUGGAGAGCAUGGCGGAGGAGCAGCCGGUGGGCACCGUGCUCAACACGUACGUCGCCUCCGACCGCGACACUGCCGUGCAGGCCACGCUCAUACACCCGCCCAGCCCCUACUUCACUAUCGAUAAUGUUACUGGUGUAGUAAAAACCGCUCAACGCCUCGACUACGAGAAACUCCACAGCAUCAACUUCACUCUCGUCGCAUACGACAGCGGUGUGCCGCAGCUGUCCACGUCGGCCGGCGUCACCGUGCUGCUGCGGAAUGUUAACGACGAGGAUCCCGUGUUUGUGGCUGCGGCUUACGAUGCUGCGGUCACUGAGCAUUCGCCUGCUGGUACCAGUGUGCUCACUGUCACUGCUGUUGAUAAGGAUGAAGAUGAAUUCGGCGAAGUAACCUACAGUCUAUCAGGAGAUUCCUCCGAGCAGUUUACCAUAGACCCUCAAACUGGAGUCAUCACGGUAGCUGAAGGUGCCUCACUGGACCGUGAGGUGACAGCAGAUAUCUGGCUGCGAGCGAUCGCCUCUGAUAAUGCUCCUGCGCAUAUUAGGAGGAGUACUAGUGUUCCUGUCCACAUAAAAAUCGUCGACAUCAACGACCACGCGCCGAUCUUCAGCCAGAACGUGUACAAGAGUACGAUAGCCGAGAAUCUGCAACUGAACCCCCCGGCUGCUAUACUGCAGGUCCUGGCUGAUGAUAAGGAUGAGGGGUUGAACGGGAAGAUUGCUUAUAGGAUUGUGGAGCAGAGUGAGCCGGGAGUAUUCACAGUAAACCCACAAAGCGGUAUCAUCUACCCCUCUCAACCCGUUACCGGCAACACGUCGUACCACCUCACCGUGCUGGCGCAGGACGAGGCCGGCGCCGGCCCGCACUCCCACGCCGCCCGGGUCGACAUCACCGUGCUCAGCGUCAACCGGCACAGCCCCGUGUUCACGCAGCCGCCGCCGGAGCAGAGGCAGCUGGAGAUACCUGAGAAUGCGGCCCAAUCAGACUACCUAAUCACCACAAUAAAGGCAGUUGACGAGGACAGCGGUGAAAACGGCCGCGUGUCCUACUUCCUGAAGGUGGAUAACCAGAACGUUGGUGAAACACCUGAGUUCAGCCUGGAUAAGGAUACGGGAGAGCUCAGGACUAAGACCUUCCUGGAUAGGGAGCAUAAGGCUGAGUAUCAGCUGGUAAUAGCAGCAGUAGACAACGGCACCCCGGCCAAGUUCGAGAGCCUGCGUCUGCUAACAGUAGUACUGGUGGACGAUAACGACAACGCUCCGAUGUUCGCGUCACCCCUCCACCAGUUCUCUGUCAACGAGAACCUGGCACCCGGAGUUAUUGUGGGUACUGUAAAAGCCACGGAUAAGGAUUCUGGUGAGAACGGCAAGGUGUACUACCACGUGCUAGAGGGCAACCAGGAAGGCGCCUUCACUGUUGACAGGACGCAAGGAACUAUUAGAGCUAAUAUCAGCUUUGAUAGAGAAAAGCAAUCCGACUAUACCCUCACAAUAUACGCGAGCAACAAUCCGAUACUAGAGCACGCGGCCGCCAUACUGAACUCAGUGGACAACGCGACGGACGGACACGAGCCCAGCGUUACUGUCGUCAGGGUCAAGGUGCUGGACGACAAUGAUAACGAACCCAAGUUUCAGCAUAAGGUUUAUUAUGCAGGAAUAAAACACACAGCUCUGGUCAACGAGCCAAUAAUCUCCGUGAUAGCUGAGGACCCGGAUCUAGACGAGAACGGUACACUGGUGUACAUGGUAGCUGCCUCUAAUCUGUACAAGUUUGGUGACUCCCAGUCCAGUGGCAGUGUUGUCCCUUCGCCUUUUAAUAUCAGUCAGGAUGGUAUCCUGAUGACGGCACACUACAUGGCGGAGUACAAUCAGGAUCGGUUCGUGCUCGACAUCAUCGCGCAAGAAGUGGCGCCGCCGCAGCGACGGGCCACGGCUCAAGUAUAUGUAUGGAUAAUCGACCGUUCCUCGCUCAUCCGCAUGGUGGUAUCCCGCGGCUGCAGCACAGCACUGGGCGGCGUGACGAGGAGACUAGCCUCUGCAUCAUCAGCACUGCUGGUGCCCGGCAGACGCCUGCCGCUAGUGCAAGCUGACAGGAGAUAUGACGACUGGUGUGAGAUUCACCUACACGCAGUAGACCCGACCACAUACCAAGUGCUACCAGUGGAGAAGGUUCUAGAAACCAUAGACUCUAAGUACGAUGAACUGAAAGACGUGUACCAGGAGUAUGGCGUGGAGACUUUGAUAGCUGCCAGUGCUACUUCUAAGGCACCAGACAGUUUCGACCCAGCACUAGCAGCUUUAAUAGCUCUGCUGAUCGUGCUGUUCACCGGCAUCGUCACCUUCAUCGUCGUCUGCGCAUGUCUUAAACACUGGGUAAUCCCCCCUCCCUCACUACAAUCCAGCAAGGGCGACAGUUUAGCCCGUCGCCGUAUUCUAGAAGAACUGUCUACUACUGAGAACCCUCUGUGGCUGGAGACCAAGCUGAGGCCUUAUGAGGAACAGGAACUCACCAUGAAUGUCUUCGGAGACCAGAAUGAACAGCCGCCGGCUGAACCUGCGCCGACGGACAAUACAUAUGCGACGAUCCAGGGCAGCCGCACGACGGAGCGAUUCGGCGACUACGCCACGCUCGGGAACGACUCGCCCACCCCCCUAGAGGCAGCACUAGGCUUCCAGGGCAGUACGUUUAAGCCACCAUCACCGGAUACGCCAGAGCCGCCUCCUAGACCCUCAGGGUUAGGUAUUCUUUGAUGGUAAGUCUAACACCAUCACCAGACUCAGUUUUUCCAACAAACAGGAAGUUUGAGGGUACAAUUUUUAGAUAUUUUUUUAUAAUUAGGUUUCUUUCCGUAUUUAAAUUAAAACUAGUUGAAUUAUGUCUGUUUCAGAAACGUCAAUACAAAUUGGUGGAAGAUUUAUAAAUAUAAAGUUAACUGUAAAUAUUUAGUAACUAGGUAGUGCAUGUUGACAAUGUGUUAUAAAAAUACACGGAAAUGCUGUUUUUGUAACUUUCACGAAUAUUGUAAGUGGCCUCGUUUUUUGACGAAUGCUUGCAAACUUAGAAAAGUCAAACACGACUUUGCUGCUUCAAGACAUACACUCAUUUUUUUUGUGUUUCUGUGCAUGAUGCAAGCAACCGUCAAAUGACGAAUGUGUGACGCUUGACGUACGGUUUACGAUGACUAUAGGAAUUUUCCGUCAGUUAUACAAAGCUCCAUUAAAGUUAAAGCUUCAUUAAAUCUAUUGCUGACACUUUUUAUCUUGUUGACAAAGAAAGAGUCAGCAAUAGAUUAAAAGAAGCUAUAACUUAAAUGGAGCUUUGUGCAACUGACGGUUUUUCUAUUUGUACAAGUGUUACAAAAACAGUAUAUACCGUAAAACAAAGUAAGACUGUCCGAAAAUAACUAUUAAUAUUUUUGUUACCAUUUAGAAGAAACUUUAUAUUAUGUGAUACAUUGACAACGUCCAUUUAUUUUUAGUGUAGGAACAAAUUCUUUAUUUUAAUACAAUUUUUACUUAGAUUUGUGAUUUAAUUUCUCCUGUGAUGAAAUUAUUAAUCUAAAGUUUUAAAUUAUUGAUAACUUUUUCUUUUUGGUGUGUAUAAACAUUAUUUUGCAUGAAAUUGCAUUUUUUAUUACUUCGACUAUGUUUUUAACCGACUUCCCAAAAAAAUGAGGAGGUUCUCAGAAAUAUUUUUUUUAGUAUCAGGAAAAUUAUUUGCCUAUCUACUAAUUUUGUAAUAUUUUCAUGCUAUCAAUAUGGCCUAAGUAUGUUUUUUUUCUAUUUCAUUUUUAUAUAAACCAAAAAGAAAAAGCUGCUAAGUAGAGAAAAAGACCAUUAUUUUUAUAUUCUUUCUCUAUCUCAUAUAGAAUCUUGUCUAGAAUCUCAUAAUAUCUUAGCCAAUCUUUAGAUUUAUAACCUAAAUUAUUUCUAUACGUCUUUGAUUUUAACUAAUGCCAUAUAAAUAUAUUGUAAAUUACAAAAUAUUGUACAAAAUACAAUAUUGUUUAAGAUUUGUUUAUUGUAAGGGACCAAUUUCAAAUUCUGCAUUUUGGGGCGCAUACAUCUGCAGAAUUUUAUUAUAUCAAAAUGUGUGUGUAACCAAAAUCUGUUAUGUUGUGUAAAUAUUCAUUAUGUAAGUAAUAUAAGAAAAAAACUUACUUUUAAAUAUGACUUUCUGCUUUCUACAAACUAAACAAUGUAUUAUAAAAUUUUAUAAUUAAUAAAAGCCAAUUAUGUUGUUAUAAUGGUACAUAAGAAUCUAAUUUGAAAGUCCAUUUCUAUUUUUGAUACAAUUUAUGAUUUUCCGGAAUUUUAUUUAAAAAAUAGUUCAAGAAUGAAAAAUAAGGUGCAACACCGCAUUUUUAUGUAAAUAUUCUUUAUUUUCAUAAAGUGGUCAACGUGAUAGGGGAAUUGAUAUUUUAUGGUACCAUCCUUUCCUAAGAUAUUUGAAAUAAAUACAAAAUAAUAAAAGAAAUAAAUAGUCAAUAAGUUAAGUACGUUUUUGUAAAUAUAUAUUUUUAUACCUUCAAGUAUUAUUUAACAACGACAAAGCAAUAAAGAGAUUUUAUAGCGAAA